GCUUUGUAAAAUCCCGUCGGUCGCCAUUUUGAUUAAAGCAUAGGCGCAGGCGCUGCGGAUAACUCAUUGGUUUACGCAGUUAAAAUUAAAUUAUUGCUGAGUGAACGUGUGAUUUGUCGAUUUGAAGACAUUUUAAAGGGCAUUUUUGAUUGAAAAUGGCCACUGGAGCGAAUGCGACUCCCCUCGGGAAGUUGCACCCCAGUAUCGGUGCUAAACGCGGCUUUGAUGCUGGGCCUGGUUCAGGCAACGGGUUAAUGCCAGCUCCUGCUCCCCCGGCCUCGUUCCCUUCUCUCCAGGGCUACCCGGCUUCCAUGCCCAACCCGGCCUUCUCCCAGGCGCACCAGUUUAAUCCCGGGGCCAAUUUUACGGCUCAGCCCCAACCGGCGGCGGGAUCCGGAAUGGCUAAGGCGGACUUUGGCCAAAAGAAAAGGAAAAGGAGCCGAUGGAGCAGUGAGACCCCGGAUCAGAAGACGGUCAUACCGGGAAUGCCCACUGUCAUUCCCCCGGGACUCACCCGAGAUCAGGAGAGAGCCUAUAUAGUCCAACUGCAGAUUGAAGACCUGACUCGUAAACUGCGUACAGGAGACCUGGGAAUCCCUGUUAACCCUGAGGACAGGUCUCCUUCUCCAGAGCCCAUCUACAACAGUGAGGGCAAAAGGCUGAACACCCGCGAGUAUCGCACUCGAAAGAAGAUUGAGGAGGAGCGCCACUCCCUUAUCACAGAAAUGAUUGGUCUCAACCCUGACUUCAAGCCUCCAGCAGACUACAAGCCUCCAGCCACCAGAGUGAGUGACAAAGUGAUGAUCCCACAAGAUGAAUAUCCUGAAAUCAACUUUGUUGGUCUGCUGAUUGGGCCACGUGGCAACACUCUGAAGAACAUUGAGAAAGAAUGCUGCGCUAAGAUCAUGAUCCGAGGAAAGGGUUCUGUGAAAGAAGGGAAAGUCGGUCGCAAAGAUGGACAGAUGUUGCCCGGUGAAGAUGAGCCUCUGCACGCCCUGGUCACUGCGAACACCAUGGAGAACGUCAAGAAAGCUGUGGAACAGAUUCGCAACAUCCUGAAGCAGGGCAUCGAGACCCCAGAAGAUCAGAAUGACCUACGAAAGAUGCAGCUGAGGGAGCUGGCCAGACUCAAUGGCACGCUGAGGGAGGACGAUAACAGGAUCCUUCGUCCUUGGCAGAACACUGAGCCGCGCAGCAUCACCAACACCACCCUCUGUACCAAAUGUGGUGGAGCUGGUCACAUUUCCUCUGACUGCAAGUACACCAGCACCUUUGCAGCCCAGAGAGCAACAGGUGGAGAGCCGCCGCAGUCGGCCCAGGACAAGGCUCGUAUGGAUAAGGAAUAUCUUUCACUCAUGGCUGAGCUGGGGGAGGCCCCGGUGCCAAGUUCUGGAGGAGGACACUCCAGCAACCAAUCAGGAGGUCCCCGAUCCUCUGGACCAAACAACAACAACCAGCCACCUCCGAACCGGCCUCCCUGGAUGAGCUCUGCUCCUACUGAGAACAGGAGUUAUCAUGGAAUGGGAGGGCAGACUGGACCUGGAGGCCCACAGAACUUCCCACCCCCUAUGCCCAGUAUGGGAGGACCACCUAUGCCUCCAAACCCUAAUGGCCUGCCUCCCCCUUGGAUGCAGCCCCCUCCACCUCCAAUGGGCCAGGGACCUCACGGACACCCAAUGGGUAUGCUCCCACCUCCAAUGAGUAUAAUGCCACCCCCACCUCCUCCCCCUGGGAACCAGCCGCCCCCUCCACCUGCUGCCGCCCUGCCACCAUGGCAACAGCAGGCCCCACCCCCACCUCCUACCAGCAGCAUGGCAACAAGUACACCACUACCUUGGCAACAAAAUACCACCACGACCUCCAGCCCUGGCUCUGGAAGCCUGCCUCCAUGGCAGCAGCCCCAACAGCCAGCAGUGUCUGCGGCCCAGCCACCCCUCCCCAUUGGAAGCCAAUCCAUGGUACCACCUCCCCCUGGAGUGCAGCCCCCGCUGCCCCCGGGAGCCCCCCCACCCCCACCUCCUCCACCUCCAGGCUCUACCGGCAUGAUGUAUGCCCCACCACCACCCCCACCACCCAUGGACCCUUCUAACUUUGUCACCAUGAUGGGCAUGGGGGUACCUGGGAUGCCGCCUUUCGGCAUGCCUCCUGCUCCGCCUCCACCUCCUCCACAGAACUAAUCCUGCCACAGAGAAAGUUUCACACCCCUGCAUAACAUUACACACCAGCUACCAACUGACUGAUGCUUCAACCCGAGCGUCUGAGUACUCAAAAGAAAAAUGUAUAAAAAGUGCUCUAAUUUUAUUAAAUCUGUUUUGUUGCUAAAACACAAAUUUCUGUUCACACAGAUUGUAAAGUUGGUGACCCUGUUUUUAAAGUAAAUGUGUGGAUGUGAACAGUUUCCACCAAGUGUCAAAGUUUCAACUGUUAGUCAGGUUAUUGCUACACUGAGUUCAUCAGAGACUCGACUCACAGUUUAAGUUCUGCUCAAACAUCUCAGCGCUCAACUUCCACUGGUUUUAACCUGUUGAAGCUAAACUUGCAUGGUUCACCGGAGACGCCUCAUACUCUUGGAAGUGACGAGUUUAUAUUUCUGUCUUGGCUUUGAGCUGAGGAAGAUAAAUAUUUUUGUAAUAAGUGAAGUGUGUGUUAGUUCUGUAAACCAUUUGUAGUUCUGAGGUUGGUUCUGAAAAGGAAAGCCCGGUGUUUUGUUAGGUUCGGUUCACCAAGGUGAUCUGAUAUAGCGUCCUGCUAACUUCUGGCUGUCUGAGGUCCUUCCAAGAAUGUUUCUGGGUUUAGCAGCUUUGUGAUCAGAGGACGAGCUUCAGUGUAUUUUCUGUUGCUUAUACAAAAUGCUGAAUAAGACUUGUCCCUCAGGCUUUGAAUGAUUUUUUUUUUUUUUUCUGGCAUAACUCUGUUCUGAAUGAAAACCUGUUGAAACCCUGCUUGGUUUAGUAAUAAACGUAUCAAAGUCA